UAAUAAUGUAAGAUGAUGAUGGUGUCAGCAGAUAUAAGAGGUUUUGUCAGAGGAGUAGCAAUUAGUUUACCUGCAAACCUCGAACUGAAAUCGGUUUUCUUUUUGUUUUCGUUACAAAAGCAAGCCUCUUUCUGUAAUUUCGCCGCUCUCUUCUCUUCUUCUCCUUCGUUUCGAAUCUCAUUCUCUCUCUCUCUCUCCUUUCUCUUCUUUCCUUUCCGACUAAAAUCCAUACACAAUUCCCCCUACUUCAACGAAGUCAUCAGGCAAUUCUCUCUUCCCAAUUUCUUCCCGCUACUAAUUUUUGAUUAGGUGGAUUUUAAGCAUUCUACAAGGAUUAUGUGGACAUCUUAUGCAGGCAUGCUAUUGCUUUGAAACUUCUAUGAGAUAAUUGGGCAACUGGUCAAAUGGAAGAGGGUGCCUAUGCUGUAAGGAGAUGGGAGGACCUGGACACUGAUAUAUUGGUGAAAAUCUUCCUGUCUUUUGAUGUCUUCCAGUUGACUUCAGGCAUUGCUCAUGUUUGCAGUUCAUGGCGUUUGGCUUGUUGUGAUCCUCUGCUUUGGAAAACUCUUGAUUUGUCAAUGUUGAGAUCAAAUUUCAUCAAAAUCCCAUUAGAGCCAUAUGUUUAUGUGGACGGGCGUUCUGAUAAGACAUUGACGCGUUUGUUGAGGAUUUCCUUGAGUCUCAGUCGGGGAUACAUAAGAACCUUGAUUUUUCACUUCAAUUUGUAUGUAAGCGACGAACAAUUGACUUAUACUGCUGAAAGGUGCCCCCAGCUCAGGCGACUUGUUAUGCCAGCUUGGAACAGAAUAAAGAAGGUUGGAAUGUGCAAGGCUAUUCGUACGUGGAGAUGUCUUGAAUCCUUGACAAUGCCUAGCAUAGCAAAUCCCCUUUAUCUUAUGGAGGAAAUAGCCCUAAAUUGCAAGAACUUCUGUGAACUCAAGAUCAUGGGUCCUUUUGACGUUCCCUUUGCUUCUGCGAUAGCCAAAUUUCUUCCAAACUUGAAGGUUUUGAGCCUGAGAUGCUCAAUGAUAGUUAAGGAUGCCUUGAUACUUAUAUUGGAUGACCUACCAAACCUGGAAGUCCUCAACAUAUCACAUUGCCUUCUUAUAGAAGGUUCAAUGGUUCCUCCACUGACGCCCAAAAAAAUAAUUAAGAAGCUAGAUAAUAUUAUCUUGCAGAAGGCCGCUCGAUUACGUGAAUUCUUAACAUGCAUUGAGGACUCGUGCAUCAUGUGUCAGCGUACCCGAAGUGAUGAAGGGCUUCUAAGGUGGUACAAGUACGAGGAAGGCCUAUGGAAAAUGGAUGAGGCAAGGUCUCUUGCCCUUUGAUUAGAACACUGCAGAGGCUGUAAUUUAGUGGUCAGAAACUAUAGCCUAUGUACCUCUUCUUUAGGUAUUGUUUUGCAUGUAUGAAAUAUCUACAUACUAUGUUGUUGAAUAAGCACAUAUAAAAUCGGUUCAUUGUGUUUUAGGUUGUCAUCCUCCUAAUGCUUGCGUUUUAGGUCGUCAACCUCGUAACGCUUGCCUGAUGAUCUUUUCCUAUGGGAAAAGUAUCAUUUGUCUGUAUUAUUAUGUACAUAUGGUAAAAUGUCAGUUUCUGUUGCUUCAAGUCGAUCUUUUGUUUUCAAUUAAUGUUAUUUCAAAAUGAGUUGAGUUCAUUGA